GUCAAACAGUGAAAAUGGAGUCACUAUUUGAAGAAGAUUUUUCUUGUCCUGUGUGUAAUGAUAUCUUCAAGACUCCUGUUGUUUUAUCAUGUAGCCACAGUUUGUGUAAAGAGUGUCUUCAACAGUUCUGGAGAACCAAGGAAACUCAGGAGUGUCCUGUCUGCAGGAGAAGAUCCUCAAGAGAUGAUCCUCCAGUUUGUCUUGCAUUUAAAAACGUGUGUGCAUCAUUUCUGAAGCAGAAAAAUGAGAGGUGUUCAUCAGGAUCUGAGGAGAUCUGCAGUUUACACAAUGAGACACUCAAACUCUUCUGUCUGGAGGAAAAACAGCCGGUGUGUUUAGUGUGCAGAGAUUCACAGAAACACGUCAAUCACACAUUCAGACCCAUCGGUGAAGCUGUUUCAUCAAGUAAGUUGGAACUCAAUACAGCACUGAAGUCCUUAAAAGAGAAACUUCAACAUGAUGAAAACAUUAAAGAAGUGUUCGAGAAAAUUGUUCAACACAUCAAGUCUCAAGCUGAGCACACAGAGCGUCAGAUUAAACAGCAGUUUGAGAAGCUUCAUCAGUUUCUCAGAGACGAAGAAGAAGCUACAAUCACUGCACUGAGGGAGGAAGAGGAGCAGAAGCAGCAGAUGAUGAAGGAGAAGCUGGAGGAGAUCAACAGACACAUCUCAGCUCUUUCACACACAAUCAAAGACACGGAGGAGAUGAUGAAAGACAAUGACGUCUGCUUUCUAAAGAAGUUUCCAGUCUCAAUGGAAAGAGUCCAGAUCUCAUCACAGCCGGAUCCACAGACGCCUUCUGGAGCUUUGAUUGAUGUGCCACGUUACUUGGGCAACCUGUCCUUCAGAGUCUGGAAGAAGAUGCAGGACAUCGUCCAAAACACUCCUGUGAUUCUGGAUCCAAACACUGCAAAUCAGUGGCUUUUCCUGUCUGAUGAUCUGACCAGUGUGAGAAACAGCAGGAACAAACAACUGCUUCCUGAUAAUCCAGAGAGAUUCGACUAUUAUCCAUGUGUUAUGGGUUCAGAGGGUUUUAACUCAGGAACACACUGCUGGGAUGUGGAGGUUAAAGGCAGUUUAAAGUGGAGUCUUGGAGUAACUACAGCAUCAAACCUAAGGAAGGGAGGUGAUUUCUAUACCACAGGAGUCUGGGGUCUGCAGUACGGACUGACUACAGUGUUUGGUUUUCCUGUUGAACAGGAUCUUGAGCGUGUGAGAGUGUAUCUGGACUAUGACAGAGGAACGGUGUCAUUCUCUGAUCCUGUAACUAACACACAUCUACACACAUUCACAACCACCUUCAGUGACACUGUCUUGCCAUUCUUCUGGAUUUCUCCAUUUUCAUCUCUGCAAAUCUUACAGUCCAAUUAGUAAACAUUACACCUGUAGGUCUGGAUCGACCUGCCUUCAUUUUAUUAGGGGCACACCUGAACCAGAUAAUCAGGCUCUUCGGGAUUUCUUGAAAAUCCAGGCAGAAGACCACUGCUCUGUAGUGUUGACAUAUAUGAACCCUGAGCAGUAUCUUUUUUAAUACUGAGGAUUUUGCAGUGGCUCUUGAUGUUCUUGGUUAUGGUUUUGGUCUGGGUCUUGGAGAGUCUGGCCAUAACAACACCUCUGGUCUCGGAUGGAUUUGAUCUGGUCAGGUUUAAUAUAAGGUUUUUUUUCUUAUAACAAAAAUAAUUGAACAUUUAAAUAAAAUAAAGCAAAAUACAAAAAAAAAGUAUAAAGUUACAAAUUUUGCACAGAUUAACGUGCAAAAGAAUAUAAAGACCAAUAGGUACCACUUUACAAUGAGAUCUCAUGAGUUAACCUUAGUUAAUGCAUUGACAUUAACAAUGAGCAAUAUUUGCUACAGAAAUUAUUUAUCUUUGUUAAAAAAUACAACUCUUAGUUCAUGUUAGCUCAUUAAAUAACACAGUGCAACUUUAGAUUUUAACAACGUGUUAUUAAAUAUUGGAAUUACCUAAGAUUAAUAAAUGUUUAGAUGAAUUUUUCAUUGGCAGAUUAUGUUAACAAAUGAAUUAACUAAUGUUAACUAAUGAAGCCCUAAUGUAAAAGUGUGACCGAACAUCUAGGGCAUGUUGUAGUCCAGAUUAAAUUGUUAAGUUUAAAAAAGAAUAGCCUAUUACAUAUAAAUAUUUAAGUUUUGAUGAACACCGUAGCGAAUACACAAAUCUGAAAGGCUGUUUAAAUCAUUUAAACACGUUUCAGAAACAGAAAGUAGCCCAGCUGCCUUGUUUACGGGGGUUUCCUGGGUAGAGACUGCAUUUCUGUCAGCCGCACCACAAGGAUACGCUGUUUUCUAUGCUUUGAUUUGAACGAAAACAGCGUAUCCUUGUGAUGUGGCCACUGAUGGCAGAUGGACUAUUCUGACGAUGUCUUUCAUACUUUUCUUGGCCUUGAGUGUUGUUUACUUGGCAGUCAAUGGGACAGUCACAAGCCUGCCGCUUUUCAACCAAAAUAUCUUAAAUUGUGUUCUGAAGACACCUAAAAAAUCAUCUCUUCCGUCAUCACUUGACUUCAUCUUAAAAAAACAAACAAAUUUGGUCUCUUUCUUUAACUUCUCCCUGUCUAGCUAGUAUUUACUCUGAACAAAGCCAGAAACUUUGUAAUGCGAGCUCUUCCUGUGUCUAUGUGUCUCUUUAUAAUGAAUUGCUUAGUAUAUUCCUCAAUUGUAAGUCACUUUGGAUAAAAGCGUCUGCUAAGUGAAUAAAUGUAAAUGAUGUUAUUGAGAGGAGACAACUUGUGAUUUUAUUGAGAGGUGACUCUUGAGGAGGCAAGUGUGAGAGAUCCAGAGUCUCUAGCUAAAAAGAGAGAUUUGAGCCCAAUGUAAUGUUCUUGAGAUCUUGUUUAAAACAUUGGCAGAGACAAAUAAAGACCACCAGGAUCUUUAGUUAAAGAGAAAAAUCUGAGCACAGUGUGUGUUGUUGUUGAGAUCUCUUCUGAAACUUUAAAGGAGACCAUUGUGAGAGUGUUAUAGAGUUUUGGUCUCAGGAGACAAGCAGGAGAUUCAAGCAAAAAUCUCCAUUCGAUCUUAAAGUAAACUCAUUUCCUACUAGGAUAAAUAUUUGAGAUGUUAAAGAGAUCUCACUUUUGAUUUUUCUUUCCUCUGGGAGUAUUAACUAAUACUAACAAAUGCAACAUUUGGCUUUAAUAAUGUAUUAGUAAAUGUUGAGAGUAACAUUAACUAAGACUGAUAAAUGCUUUAGAAGUAUUUCUCAUUGUUACUUCAUGUAGUUAGCUAAUGUUAGCUAGUGAAGCCUAUAGGUUUCGUUGGAGCUAGAAGAAAUUAGUAUCGUCUGCGUAACAGUGAAAA